AUGAACUGGGCUCAGACAGAGGGAGUCAUCAUUUUCUUUCAGAAUAGCCAGUGGAAAAUCAUUUGUCGACCUAGAUAUGGACAACGUACAGCACUAAAGGGCCAGGAAGUCACUAUAAAAAAUGAAGACUGUGUGGAACUUGUCUUGACAACCAUGAAACUUCUCAUCCUUACCUGCCUUGUGACUGCUGCUCUUGCCAAGCCUAAUGAACCAGAUAGCAGAGAGCCUUUAUCAGAACAGCUUAGAGAGGAUCAUGGCAUGGAAGACCCUGAGCAAAGGGGGUCUGGCAGCAGUUCAUCAAGUGAGGUAAAUCGUUUUGAUGUUAAUUCAGCAUCCCAAUUAGAAAAUGUUUGUGAAAGCUUGUUGUACCAGGAAGGUUACCUGUCCCCUAAGGAAGUUGUUCCCAAUGGCAAUGAGCGGAAGCACAUUCAAGGGGAAGAUGUGCCCUCUGAACGCUAUCUGAGAGAGCCUAUGAGAGUAGUGAAUCAACCUUUCCAACAAUUCUAUCAGCUUGAUGUCCAUCCUUAUGCUGCUUGGUAUUAUCCUCCACAAGUCACACAAUAUAUUGCUUCUCCAUCAUUCUUCGACAUCCCUAAACCCAUUGCCUCUGAGAACGGUGGAAAAACAAUUAUGCCACAGUGGUGGUAA